AUGGCUGGAAGAAACGAUGAUGCGAUUGCUGCUGCUUUGGAGGCUAUGGCUCAAGCUCUGGAACAUCAACCUAAUGCUGGUGAGAAUGCUGGGUCUCGCAGUUUGGCUACCUUCCAGAGGGAGAACCCGUCAGUCUUCAAGGGCAAGCAUGACCCCGAUGGGGCAUUAGAGUGGUUGAAAGAGAUCGAGAGGAUCUUCCAUGUAAUGGAUUGUACUCAGGCACAGAAAGUUCGCUAUGGGACAUAUAUGCUAGCAGUCGAAGCUGACGACUGGUGGCUAACAACACGUCAGAGACUAGAAGCUGCAGAUGAAGAGAUCACUUGGGAUGUGUUCCGAAGGGAAUUUUUGAGGAAGUACUACCUUGAGAGUGUCCCUGGUAAGAAGGAAAUUGAGUUCCACGAACUGAAACAAGGGAACAUGUCAGUGUCCGAUUAUGCUGCGAAGUUCACUGAAUUGGCCAAAUUUUAUCCAUACUAUGAUGGAGAGGGUGCAGAGUUUUCAAAGUGCCUUAAGUUUAAAAAUGGGUUACGCUCUGAGAUCAAGAAGGCUAUAGGGUAUCAGCAGAUCCGCAUUUUCCCUAACUUGGUAGACAUCUGUAGAAUUUUUGAGGAAGAUAAUGCUGCUCACUAUAAGAUUGUCAGUGAUAGAAGAGGCAGGCAGAAUCAGCAACGCGGCAAGCCUUAUGACGCUCCAGCUGGCAAGGGCAAACAGAGAGCUGCUCUAGGCCAUAGAGCAAGUGGGGGAGGUACUCCUGCUCCGAUUGUGUGUUUUAAGUGUGGAAAGGCUGGUCACAAGAGUACUUACUACAAUGAUGAAGUUAAGAAGUGUUUUCGUUGUGGCAAGACUGGUCAUAUGAUGUUUGAAUGUAGACAUAAAGAAGUGGUUUGUUUUAAUUGUGGCGAAGAAGGACACAUUGGAAGUCAAUGUCAGAAACCAAAGAAAGCACAAUCUGAUGGUAAGGUGUUCGCGUUGGCUGGUACUCAGACAAGCACCGAAGACAGACUCAUUAGAGAUUUGGGUCUUGUGCUAUCUUCGAUGAAUGGCGAGAUGGUAGUUGAGGUUCCAACUAAAGGGUCUGUGACUACAUCUCUUGUUUGUUUAAAGUGUCCGUUGUCGAUCUUCGACAAGGACUUUGUUGUUGAUUUAGUGUGUCUAUCGUUAGUCGGGCUAGACGUAAUUUUGGGAAUGAAUUGGUUAGAAUAUAACUAUGCUCACAUAAAUUGUUAUAAUAAGACUGUGAGAUUUUCAACUGCCGAAGAGGAAGAAGCUGGUUUAGUGUCGUCUAAGCAGGUACGACAGUUGUUGAAAGAAGAAGUAGAGAUGUUCUCGUUAAUGACAACAUUGUCAAUCAAAAAUCAGAAUAUCAUCGAUGAGUUACCAGUAGUACGUGAAUUUCCUGAGGUUUUUCCUGAUGAGAUUCCUGACGUGCCGCCAGAAAGAGGAAUUGAGUUUACGAUUGAUCUUGUUAAGAAUAAAGGAACAUGA